AUGCCCGUCGUCGAUUCCAAAAAAUACUCCUGGUAUCCCCACUUUUUCUUUGCUUUCCCGCAUCCAUUUUCUCUGCAACUAUCUCUCUACCUUCCUAUUAUUUACCUUCAUUCAACUGAUCCAAGAAUCAACAGCGAACCAUGUAUCCGCGGGCAUAGAGCAACAAAAUGUACGCAUACCAAUCGACUGCUGGUUUUGGUACGCAAGCCAGGUCGUCCGAUGCAGAGUUGUGCACAUGAACUUGAAGGGUGUGUUUGUGGGAGAUUAGGUGGAGCUGGGGAGGAUUGGGGUGUUGAUGGGCCCACAAAUACGUCGAAGUCAGUUGGUUACGAUGCGAGAGAAAGUUCCAAUGUUAUCGGUACUCUGGGAUCGGAAAAGCCCAGAAAGUAUGUGUCGAGAACGGAGAGCAAAAAAAGGAAGAGAAAGGCCAAGAGAAGUGGAAGAAGCGAUGUCCAGAAGGACAAGGUCAAAAAAAGAGCAAAAGGUCCCACAUCAUCAUCUCCGAAAGCCUUAUCUCCAUCCCCGAAAUGCCCAAUGUCGGAUCAGCAGGAAGCAACAGAGUGCAGCAGCAACACCACCCCGGAACUUAUCCUCGACCCAACACACCCAAAAAUAUUUAUCACCAGCUCUAUAUCCGUACCCGCUAUAUCGAACUUCCUCCCUCCUAUCACCACACUGAUUCCCCAAGUCCAAGAUCAUAACCUCGUUGCUCCUCAGACGUCGUACAUUGAUCAUUCACCUAGCUGUAUAUUCCAUCAUCAUCAACAACAAAAUGAUCAAACCAGUCUUCGGAUGCCUUUCUCAAGUCCAUUCUUGCGAUAUCACUGA